CGGCGGUCGCUACCUAGAUACAAACGGGUUUCGCCUCGCUCGCUCCCCGGCCUCCCGGGCUCCUCUAUGUUUGAUUCAUUUUUCACGUCUGGCACCGGUGGAAAAUAAAAAAGCUACUUGAAUGUACAGCAUGAUGAUGGAGACGGACUUGCACUCCCCUGGCGGAGCCCAGGCCCCCACGAACCUCUCGGGGCAGACCGGAGCGGGAGGCGGCGGAGGCGGCGGCGGCGGCGGGGGAAACAAAGCGAACCAGGACCGGGUCAAGAGACCCAUGAACGCCUUCAUGGUGUGGUCGCGGGGCCAGCGGCGGAAGAUGGCCCAAGAGAACCCCAAAAUGCACAACUCGGAGAUCAGCAAGCGCCUGGGGGCCGAGUGGAAAGUCAUGUCGGAGGCCGAGAAGAGACCGUUCAUCGACGAGGCGAAGCGGCUGCGAGCGCUGCACAUGAAGGAGCACCCGGAUUAUAAAUACCGGCCACGGCGGAAGACCAAGACCCUGCUCAAGAAGGACAAGUACUCGCUGGCCGGGGGGCUGCUGAGCGCCGGCUCGGCCGGGGGAGGCCCGGCCGGCGUCGGCGUGGGCAUGGGCGUCGGCGUCAGCCCGGGCAGCGUCGGGCAGCGGCUGGAGAGCCCCGGCGGCACGGCCAGCGGCGGCUACGCGCACAUGAACGGCUGGGCCAACGGCGCCUACCCGGGCUCGGUGGCGGCGGCGGCGGCGGCGGCGGCGAUGAUGCAGGAGGCGCAGCUCGCCUACAGCCAGCACCCGGGCAGCGGGGGGCACCCGCACCACCCGCACCCACAUCACCCGCACCACCCGCACAACCCGCAGCCCAUGCACCGCUACGACAUGGGUGCCCUGCAGUACAGCCCCAUCUCCAACUCGCAGGGCUACAUGAGCGCCUCGCCCUCGGGCUACGGCGCCCUGCCCUACGGCUCCCAGCCCCACCAGAACUCGGCAGCGGCGGCGGCGGCAGCGGCGGCGGCGGCGGCCGCCUCCUCGGGUGCGCUGGGCGCCCUGGGCUCGCUGGUGAAGUCGGAGCCCAGCGUGAGCCCGCCCGUCACCUCUCACUCGCGGGCCCCGUGCCCCGGGGACCUGCGGGAGAUGAUCAGCAUGUACUUACCGGCCGGGGAAGGCGGGGAUCCGGCGGCCGCUGCCGCCCAGAGCCGGCUCCACUCCCUGCCCCAGCACUACCAGAGCGCCAGCACGGGGGUGAACGGCACCGUACCCUUGACGCACAUUUGAGCCCCCGCAGCACCGGAGCGCCGGAGGCAGGCACGGACGCGGGCACCGGCUCGGCCACCGCUCCCGGGCCGGCCUGCGGGACUGCGCGCCCCGCCGCUGCCACCGCACGCUCAGCUCCGGCCGCCUGCCCGCGCCCCGGCCCCGCGCCGCUCCUGCCCCGCUCCCAGGUUCCCCCCUCUUAUUUUUGCCUCUCGCGCUCCUUCCCUCCCGCCCUCCCCCGCCUCUCUUUUUUUUUUCUUCCUUCCUUCCUUUUUGUACAGAAAUGUUUUGAUGUUCUUGUAAUAAUAAUA